AUGCAAGAUAAACAUCAGCCCGAGCCCUUGGCUCACGAUGUUCCUGCCUCGAAGGGUAUUGAUGAUGUGGAAGGGGGUUCAGACGUUGAGAUAGCGGAUGAUAACAAUGACAUCGAGGCACGAGUGAUGCGGAAGGCGGAUGUUUGGCUUGUUGGAUUCUACUCGCUCGUUUACAUCUUCCGCGUUAUCGACUCUGCCAAUUAUUCGAACGCGGCAAUUAUUAACCUCGAAAAUGGUACUGGCAUCAAGAAACAACUAGGUCUUGACCCGACCCAGUGGGCAUGGACAUUAUCGAUAUUUUCUUACAGCUAUUUGAUAUUUGAGCCACCAAACACCCUUUUGCUCAAGACCUUCAAGCCCUCACGCUGGAUGUUUGUUCUGAUACUGGGGUGGGGCAUAUCCGCUUGCUCAUCUGCUGCUGUAAAGGACUUCAAAGGCAUGAUGUGUGCGCGUUUUGCGAUUGGACUAGCAGAGGCAGGGUUCUUCCCUUCAGUGUUGUAUCAUGUGAUGGCUUUUUGGUACAAACCCGAAGAACUACCUCAACGUAUUGCAAUAUUUUACUCUGUGGGGCAGUUGUCAAGCGCUCUAAGCGGCCUGCUUGCCUAUGCCAUAGGUUUCAUGGACGGGCUUCAAGGUCUUUCUGGCUGGAGAUGGUUGUUUCUGAUCGAGGGUUUGCCAGCUAUUGCCCUGGCAUUUGUCGCAUUAUUCUGGUUGCCAGACUAUCCUGAGACGACGAAGUUUUUGACUCAAACCGAACGCUCAUUCUUGAAAGACAGGCUAGCCAAGACAGCACCGACGGGACGCAAAGGUCACUGGGACUUUGCCUCCUUGAGGGUUCUUUUCAAAGACCGGUCAUUCUAUACAUUUUCAGUAUUUUGGAUUUGUCACGGCAUUGGUGGAUUUGGAGUGGGUUACGCACUCCCCACCGUUGUUUAUGAGCUGGGAUUUACAACUACCUCUAAGUCUCAAUUAAUGAAUGUCCCUCCAUAUGUGUCGGCCUUCUUGUUUCUUAAUACUGUAGGUUUUUUCCUCCAUAAGAAGAUUAUCAGGCCGUGGACAACGGCCGGAGCCAUUGAAUCAACUAUCGUCGUGUGCUACAUAAUUCUUGUGACGGUCUCCAAUGCAGUCGUCAAAUACGUCUGCCUGGUGAUAGCAGUUUCUUGUGCUGGUUCCGCUUAUCCGGUGAUUUGGCCGGAGCGUAUCCGAGCAAUCGAGGGUACGGUGGCUGCAGGCAUUGGAAUAGGCUGGACCAACGCGAUGGCACAGUUUGGCGGGAUUGUUGGGCCACAUGUGUAUAACACAGUAUUUGGGCCGACUUACAGGGUGUCGUAUACAAUCUGUCUCAGUUUCCUUAUAGUGGCAAUCACCGCCAUCUUGCUCUCAUGGUAUCUGGUCAAGAGAAAAGAUGCACGAAAUGGUCGGGUAACAGAUACCUAA